UUCUCCCCUAUUUUACAUAAAUUCAAUAAUUUUUCCUCUCUCAUUCCUUUUUCUUUUCAAUUUUUCCACUUUCUCCUCUCGACAGACUAGAGAGAAACGAGAACCGUCAACUUCCGCCUAAUACUCCCACAAACAAAAAAUUUUUUCAUCAUCAAAAGCAUUGUUUUGUCUAUGUUUGUUUUAUUCAUUUUCUCCCUAUAUACAAGUCCAUCUAAAAAAAUAAAAAAAAAGAAAAAUAUAUUCAAUUCAAUUCUACUCAUAGCGCCGUAAAAUAAUUUUUUUUUCUUUUUUCUAUUGCUUUAUAAAAAACUUUUUUUUUACAUUUGCCAAAAACUUUGUGGCGCUUUUAUACACGCAAAGUUGAAAAGCCAAAAAGGAGGGGGAAUAGAAAAAAAACUUUUUUUUGCCUUCAUUUGUGGAACUUUUUUUAUUAGUUUUUUGUUUGUUUAUGACGAAUUCUAAAUUAAAAAAAAAUUUUCUAACAAAUAAAAUUACAAAUUGAUUCCCAAUUUUAAUUUAAUCUAUUUAAUUGUAUUUGUCCGCAAUUAGGAAAAUUUUAUGCGGACGCAAUCCGUUGUCCGCAACAGAGCAUUUGGCGGUGCGCGCAUAGACAGACUAAUUAAUUCAUGGUUCUAAAUUGAUUUAAAAAUCCGAUACUAUAAUAUACAUUCGCGGCAGCCUUGCUUGUAGCCCUCAAAAAAUACCUUAAGAAAAAUAAUGGUGGUAAGCUCUGCGUAGGUUUACUCAGACAUGGUCAUGGAUACGGAUAUGGAUACAGAUAAUACCAAAAUGCCUGCGGAUAUCCGCCUGUAUCCGGCUGUAUCCGCCGUAAAUAUCCGGAUACGGAUACCAAAAUCAGUAUCCGUGACCAGGUCUGGGUUUUCUAGCCCUAGAUACGAGUCUGUAAAGGUUAGUCUAAUACAGCGGUUUCUUUAUCAAUCUGGAUAUACAGCAGAUUUUCACGUAAAAAAUGAUAACCUCUCCACUAUUUCAAGAUUUCGAUACUCUUUCUCCGGCAUCCCAUUCUGA